AGGUGGUAGACUCUAGUGUUGCAGUUUAGCAUUUCUAUUGUUAUUUCCACUCGUGUGUUAAGAUAAGAGAAAGUCUGCCUCCCUUAAGUAAUUUACAUGCUUUUACAGCGUAUUAACAUCUCGGCGCGUUUGAACGAGGCCGAGCGCGGGUUUCACGGCAGAAUCAUUUGAAGCCAAGGUAACCACUAUAACUGAGAACGUUCACCCAAGAAUUUAUUUUUCAAUCAUCGAGUGCUCAGCUUGCAGAAGUUAAAGGACAGCAGAGUUUCUUUGCUCAUUUCACCAGUUGUUUAAUCUUGUUUACUUUGUUAUUUGAAUGUUAUAGGGGAAUGUGGUAAGAGGAGAAAACACCGAUCUUACCUUGAAAGAUUAUUCAGACACAGUCAAAUACCUCGAACAACUGCAAGAAAUCAAUCUGAAAACCUUCACCGCAGAACUCGAUAGAAAAGAAACUGGAAUUUCAGAGGAGACAGCCAACAGGGCUCUGAACUCCCCUGUGCCUUUCAACAGCAUAAUGUAUGGAUCCAGAAGUGGGCUCUACGCAGGUCGAGUGUCAGGGCCAAAAUUUUCGGGCGAAACACACGAAGACCCUGUAGCGUCAAGAAUGAGAAAUUACAGUAGAAGUUAUGACUCUUUUGAUCGCGCAGAAAUAACUGGUGGCGCCGGCAAUGGAAGAAUGAUUAAUCCACCGGAGAGAAGUACUGCAGCCAUGUUUGAUUAUCAUUACACGGAUCACAAUACACAUGGUGGAAUGUCCACAUCAAGCGGUGUUAAGUUGCCAAACGUGAACACCGCGCAAAAUGGAUUUGCCGCAGAAAGUGCUGCUAUGCAUUAUUCUCAAGGUGCUGGAGGUGAAUCUUAUCUUCCUUCUCCCCAGAACUGUCCCCAGCCAGUAAACAUUAACCCUCUAGCUGGCUUAUCAGAGCUGGCCGAAAAGGCAAACUUUGAGUCUGAACUCGCCAGGGAUGGCGUCGCUCAGUCUCGGUUUAGCUCUCAAGGAAGUCGCGGCCAAAUAAAUCGCCCGGCUCGUCAGUACAGCUACCCAGAAGCACCGCGUACUCGCAGUUGGUCAAGUUCGGGUUCUGAUGGCGUUGGAAGUUACUUUAACGGCCGGCAACAGUCAUUUCGAGCUGACAACUUCUCGCCAUCCCUGUCAACAGGGAGUUCAGUGCUAUCUGACUCGGAUCUUGGCAGUCCAUGCCAUUCGACACGAGCACGGCAUUUCUUUCCGUACAGCGAGUCUGAUUCGGACCUUUCACCGACGGAACCGAGCCCUGGCUAUGCGUAUGAUAGAAACAGGGCAUACCAGAACUAUAAUCCGAGAUCGUUUGCGAAUUACCGGGUGUGGAGUAACCAGGCUGAAUCCAUCACUCCCAACGUCACUGUUGUACCGGAUCCGAGGAGCAAAUUAUCGCCACUGUUCAAGUCUGGAAGCCGAACGACGAAAUCCGAGCAAAUUCUCAAAGAACAUUUGCAAACAUUUGGUAAGUUUUUGUCUACGCCAGCGGACAAAGACGACGAGAAAGCUUCCCUGGCAGAGAAUGAGAAAAAAUGGAACAGCGGAGAGGAUUCAGUGAGAGAAAAGAAGCCUCCCACGAGCUCAUCAAAUGCUUUAAAGGAAUCGCUUCCCAGCGAAGAGAGCAGUGUAUUCCCUUGCAAAUGGGUUGGGUGCGAUGGACUUUAUUCAGAGCAAGAUGACUUAGUGCGGCAUAUAGAGAAAGUUCACAUCGACCAAAGAAAAGCCGAUGAUCUUUAUAUAUGUUACUGGAAGGAUUGUAGCAGGCAGCGCCGCGCUUUCAACGCCAGAUACAAAUUGGUGAUUCACAUGAGAGUACAUUCGGGUGAAAAACCCAACAAGUGUACGGUGAGUAGUACAACAAACUUAUUACGUCGACUCGUGUUUGUUUUGCAUUGUUUCAACCUUCUUUCAUAUGUAUCGCGUCAAUUAUUUUACACUCAAUUUGUGCGAUCAAGAGAAAUGUUUCGCCAAACCUUUAGAGCGCCACGUCGAAUAUCGACUACACUUAAGAAAUACAACAGCUCUGGGUGUUAUGUUUUUGUGAAAUUUCUAAAAAUAACCCCAAAAGUAAAUUUCAAUUCAUUUAGCGCGCGGCGUACUUGAACUCACGAGCGGUAUUCAAAUGCCAUUUUGCGCUUAAUUUAAUCAUGUUUUUAUGGACCCAGUCACAACAUUUUCUUCUCUUUGAACGAAACAAGGCCGGCUUUUGUGGCUCUGCUUAUAGGAGGCAACAAGAAAUACGUACAGGAAAUGCAAGCCGCAAUUUCGCACGAUUGCGGUGAAGAAAACAAAUGUCUCCAUUUCAAAAAACACCGUUCGGUAGCUAUAGGUGACGUUCUUGACCGGUAGGCAUUCGUUCCCUCACGCCAGGGUUUCUAGAGAGAUUUGCAUAAGACACAAUAAUUACAUUGUUUGUCUUUCAUUCUGGCCUCUGGGGCUUCAAAUUCAAUAGCAUAUUUGUUAUACUUGCGGUUCGGGGCAGCCGGGAAGAAAAACAAAUUUUUUGGAUUGUCAUCAGACAGACGGAAUAGAUCACGAAACAAUUUAAUCCCUCGCAAAAACAAUCUAUGAAGUCUUGUGAGGGAAAGAAGGUAAUCGAACACUAAGAAGAGAUUAUCUGUUCCAUUGACCUAGCACUGGCUCUUGAAUUUCGGCAAAAAUUUGACAUGUUCGAAACGGUUCAAUGUGCACCAUGUGGUUAAAACUCCGGGAGGCCAAAAAACAAUUGUUAUGGAACCAAUCAUUUAACUCUAAUAUACCUUGGUUGUUCGAAAACCGCUCGCGUUCUGCACGAGAAAAGAAAUUAAGCGAACAAAAAGUAAUCUAGCUUAACACCUUGUCGAUUUUAAGUUUCUAUUCUUCUCAGAUUAGUUACUUUGGUAAAAAGGUAGAGCAUCGUACUGUAGGAGUGUCUGAAAGUACAAAGAGAUGCGGCUUUGAAAAGUUUCAAAAUUGUUUUCUCGCUUUCAACGAAAGGUGUACUUUUAAUUGGAUUUAACGAAAAUUUAAAUAUCUCUGACUUGAAAUCAGUUGCUGCGCGAUGGCGUUCAGAUUCAGGAGCACCGCGCCAGUGAACGCUUUUCGAUUGACCUUGGAUAAACAUGGCUCCCGCUGCUAGCGUGAUUCUCAGGUCACGGAAUAUUUGGCGAAUAUUUUUUAACAUAUUACUAAACCACCUGUCUUGUACAGUGUAUCAAGUGAUAUAUUGUUCAUACAGGCCUUACAUUUCAAAUUGUCAAUACCUAUUAAAAAAAAAACCCUCUUGUAAUUUGUUCAGGCACGAUUUCACUACGACGUAGAGUUUGCUUCUGAGUAAACACGGCGAGUAUGUAAGAAGUUAUUUUUAAUUAAAAUUUCACAGGUAUUUUUUAAUAUUUUCUUAGUGGACAACAUUCAAGUGAUGCUUUAAUUAUGAUUUUCCAAGACAAAAAACGUGAUUGAUAAGCUUCAUUUGUAUGUUAAAUUUAUACACCUGCCACAAGAGAGAUAAAAAUUCUACAGCUUUUUUUAAGAGCCGCGUCAAAACCAACUUUUCCCCAUCUUGCAUAUUUAAUAAGCUCCAUAAAAUGUUACCAGAGUCACGACAGUUUAAGAAAUCAGAACUUUCACUAUUUUUCUGUAAAUCAUUUAAAGGUCUUAUAAACAAUUUAACUUACAUUUCUUCUUAAUUAUUUUUACUCGUUUGUUUGUGGUUUUCGUGCACCCAUUAAGCGCCAUCCCUAUAUCAAUCAAAGUAACAUAAAUUUGGAGGUGGUCUAUUGUCCUUAUAAAGGCAAAUUAAUUUCUUUUAGACAUCAUAGUUUAAACAUUUACUUGAGACAACCAGCAGUUUGUUUAAUUUUAAAUUGAAGCAUAACCAGCUAAACAAAUAACUCGCGUAUUGUUUUCGAAAGACUAUUUCACGAAAACUCGACAGCAAAUUUGAUUGCUGCAAUUAUUGACCUGUGGCUCUGCGCAGUGUAGUUCUGUGACAAUAGCCUUCCUGUCGGUAGAAAUUCAAAAGAGUACGUUUCUAUACAAAUGCUAUUUCAGUAAUGAAAAUCUGUAUGUAAAAGUACAUAAGCGGGCACCAGUAAGCACAUGUAAUAUACUAUCAUUUAUUACUGUCACGAGUCUCAAAAUUAAAAAGAAAAGCUCUAUUGUUUCAAUGUUAUUUACACAAUACAAUUUAUUUCCUUGAUCAAAUUUACCUGAAAACCAAGAAAAAUAGAUAAUAAUUUUAGUCACAAAUUCUCCAAUGGAGUUAAACGAUUUUUCAUCUCCUUCUUUUGAGAAAAAGCUCCAGCUGUCCAAAAAAUUACUGAUUGGAUUUCUUAAAAACAUGUGCUAAAUAUAAAAAUUUAAUAUAUUUUAAAGUUAGACAGGUGUGCAUGAGCUUGCGAUAAAUUUGUAGAUCAUCCGUCAAUAAAAUAUUUCGGCCUCUGAAAUUUUUUAAAUAUUUUGUUCAUUUAACAGUCCGCUCAACACAGUUAAAAGUUGACAUAGGAGAAGUAAAUAAUUUUUUCUUUCCUUCACUACCAUUUAUAUUCAAGAAAAACAACAACAAAUCUUUGUUCCAUCAAAUAAAAAUUAUGUUCAGAGCAUUACUAGCAAAGUGAAAAAAUGAAAUUUAUAUACAGUUAUUAUAGACAGAGAGCUGACCAGAGUUAAAAGUCAUUAUUUUUAACUCGGGGUAGACUAGAGUCACAUCUGUGGUUUUAUCAGGGUGACCCGUCAAUUCGGUAAACUUAAAGCCUGAAAAAGUCAGAGGAAGGAAACAUUUUGAAAAAUAUUGUCCAACAAAUAUGUUCUACACCCUAUCAACAAUAUUGAAUGCUUUACUAAAAAUGUAGCUUAGAAGUUCCAAAAAAAAAAAAAGAAAAAGAAAAAAACUGCAAUAAGUUGACAGGUGUCAAUACUUGUGCAAGACAGUAUCAGAUUGCAAACAACAGUAUUUUUACUCCAGUAAGACAGACUAAGUAAAUUUUUUUUAGAGGUCAUGGUUAUUGUCUGCAUAAAAAAGGUUUUCAAGUUCAAUUAAACAACAAGCAAGUUCAAAUAUAGCACCAUGUAACUCUGUCAUGUCUUUUAAUAACUUGUGCUACUUAGGACACACUUGAGUCCAAAUAAAUUGGGAAGUCUACAUUAUGGAGUAAUCCCUUAUUGGAAACAUUUUUUUAGGUUUAAAUAAUGGGAAAUGACUCAUAAAUAUAUUAAGGUACCUCUGCAAAAAAAUUCUGCCUUGAAAAAAACUUUCAAUGCAAGAAUUUGGUGAAUUUAAUUGAUUCUGUAGAUUGUUUAUUUGUUUUAUUCUAAAGCCACUGACAAAAAAAACAGGAAGUUUACAAUUAUUCUGCUCACAUUUGUGAUGUAACUUGAAGAGACUCCAAAAGUUUUAACAAAUAUCUUAAAAGAUAUUGCACAAGUGUCUCAAAACUGACUCUCUUAUAUUCAUUGUGUUCAUCUGAAGUGAGAGUGCCAAAAUUAAUUUUGAUAAGCUGUCCACAAUUUACAAUUGUCUUACAUAGAAUUGCAAUUUCCCUUAUCAUUUGAGAUCAUGCUGUAUUGCAAUUGACUUAUCCUUUUUUUUUUCUUUCUUUCAGUUUCCAGGAUGUAAUAAAGCAUUUUCCAGGCUUGAAAAUCUGAAGAUUCACAUGCGAUCACAUACUGGUGAAAAACCAUACCUUUGCCAACACCUAGGCUGUCCUAAAGCAUUCUCAAACUCAUCUGAUCGGGCUAAACAUCAAAGAACACAUCAAGAUACAGUAAGCAUUAAAAAGUCUUCUCCUUGUCUCCCUAACCAUAAUACAUAACCUCUCCUCACAGGUUUGGCACAUUAUUAAGCAAGCAUAUGAUGAGAAUACAAAUAUUCAUCUGCUACUGAUUGUUAUCUUCAGAUAAUAUCAAACUCUCCUAACUUAUUUAAAAGGAAAUGUGUAGUGGUAGAAGGAGAGAAUAACUUAUCAGAUCUUGGGACUUAUAGUUUCAGUCAAAUGUUAAGUGCUGAAAAUAGUAAUUUUGCUGUUUAAAAUUAAUUUUAGGUCAAAAUGAUUUGUUGUCUUUUUUGUUUCAAAUACAUUACCAUGUCCCAAAUAAACAAAAGAAAUUCAAAUAAAGCUAGUCUGAAAUCACUUAAAUCAGAAACAAUAUUGAAGUAUAGCAAAAGCAAUCAUGAAACAAAGAGUGAAAUGCUUCAUAAGAUGGAUUAUUAAGAUCAUUAUGUCCUUGUGACCUCCCAGGGAAAAAUUAACAUGCACUUCUAUGGGGUAAAAAGGUUUUUCAUCAGCAUAAUGAAUAGUACCUGAAAAGGUAAUUAGAAUAAGGAAAAACACCUUUUAAACCUUUGACCCCUAUGGGUGACUAGCAUCUAAUUUCUCCUUACAAUAUCACCCUGCAAUCACACACUAAGGUCAUGAGAAUAAAGGAAAUGAUCACCAACUAAAGAAGCUCUUGCCUGUUAAAUAAAUUCUCCUUGUCAGCACCUUAGGAAACGUAUAGAGAACAGUAAGGAGAAUAUGUAAACUGAUGUUAGGCAUAAAGGGUUAAACUACUUCAUUAACUCUUUGUCUCCAACAAGAGACAAUUUCUCUUACAAUAUCAAUACAAUAUCAAGCAGAAAAGUUGCAAGAAUAAUAAAGACAAAUAUCAAUUAGGGGAUCCAUAGUUGAUCCAACACCAAAAUGCUCAAAACUAACAUCAUAGGAAUUGUAUGAGAGACAAUGAGGAGAAUUACUGAUAAAAUCAUUUCUUUCUUUUUGUUUUUGUAGAAGCCAUAUGCCUGUCAAGUACCAGGCUGCCCCAAGAGAUACACAGACCCUAGCUCACUAAGAAAACACUUCAAACAACAUGCUAAUGGAAAGAUGCCUCAACAGAACUCAAAUGGAAAGGUGAGACAAGUUUACAGUAUCUGGUAGCACACACAUUCUGCAGUUGUAGCAUGGUCUUAAUAAUCUUUCAUACUUUCAUGUUUGGGUUGAAGAAUGCUAGGAGAUAUUAACUAAUAAAGCUACUCCAGAAUCAGAGUUAAAAAAAAAAUACAGCUGUCUUCAUGCAGUAGUUAUCAUAAGCCUCCUGUGGACAACAAAACUAGUCAGUUAACCUUUUAACUCCCAAAGGUGGUUGACAUGAAUCUUCUCCCUGUAAUAUCUAUACAUUAUUCAACAAACAGGUAAUUAGAAUAUUCAAACUUAUAAGGUAGAAGCUGCUAUCUUGAUCCAGCACCAAGUUCUCAUAACUAAUUUACAAGGAAAUGUGUAGCACCUAUAGAAGGGAAAAUUAACAAUCAGAUGUUGGGAGUUAAAGGGUCAAGAGAUUGUGGAGGGUUAAAAAUAUCUGAGAGAAAACAAACUUGUGACAUUGACAGAAACAGCUGAAGAUAAAAGAAAGUUCAGGAUUUAAAGGUUUUGUUUUAAAACUUUCUUUUUUUCUCUGUAGUCUAAACAGAAAACAAGAGUAAACCGAUCAUCAAAAAGAGAUCUCCUCUGUGCUGGAGUGACAAGACCUUUACCAGAUUAUGGCUACGUGGAUGAAUUUCAGGCCAGAAAGAGGCAGAAAACAUUGGAUACAUUGCGUCAGACAACUGAGAAAAAAAUGGCACUUGAAAGUGGUUUUGCUCAAGCACACCUGGAUGCUCAGCGAGCUUGGUAUGCAGCAGAAAGUGUUUAUGGGCAGUAUACUCCACCACCAUUGCAACCUGUUGCUAGAGCAAGCACACCAACACCAGAGGAAGAACCUGGAGCACUUCGUUUCACUCAAAUGUUAAGUAGCAUGGAGAUACCAACAUUUGAAGACACACUAAAGCCAUUAUCAAGUGCCUAUUCAUAGCCAAGAGUAAAAUUACAAGUCUGAGAUGUUUUGGGGAAACAUCAAUUAACUUUAAUUAAGGCUAUGAAGCAGCUUUUUUUUUUCUUCAAGGGAGUAACACUUCCUUCCAGGAUACUUCCUGAUGAAGUAACUUUGCAAGAAUCUGGUUUAGAAGAGCUAUUGACCAGGAAACUCAGUAUAAAAGGAUAUUAUACAUGAAAUACUUGAGAUAUCAUAGGUCGGAGAAGAAAGCUAUUUUACUACAAAAACAACUUCAUUUUAUAAGGUACAUAUAUGAUGUACAAAAAAGUUAAUAAUACAUCAUCUUCACUGAUGAAAAAUCAGUUUAUUACAAAGAAAAGAGUAAAAGGUUUCUUGGAGAAUGAGUUUAUCAAAAGAAAUCCACUUUUGUAGACUGAAAAUCAUUUGUACAAUGCAAUGUGUACAACUUGACAGUUGAGUUAAGUUAGCCCUGAAAAAACUUGUAGGUCAACUAUGUACAAGUUUACAAAGUCAAUUUAUUUUUUGAAAGUUGUUCCUCCAUAUAGCCAGAUUGUGAACAGUAAAAAUUAAGUCAAGGAAAGAAAAUCAGAGUCUUAUAUUUUGAUUAAUAUGUUACUCUGGAAGGUACAGGAUAUUCUUUUAGACAUUGCCACAAUGAAAUGUGUGAAUUGGGGGUAAAUAACAUUAAUUAAACCCUUAUGGGCAUGCAAGCACCCAAUACUCAGACAGAUAAAUGGAUAGUUUUGGAAAUCUUGUACAGUCACAAUUAGAAAUAUUGUACUAUCACUAGUAGUUUUGUGCAUCUUGAAGAGAAUCAUUUAAUAAUUUAUUGUAAUUUACUUUAGGCCUUGGGAAAAUAGAAUAAUCACAGAUUGUAGAAUAGCCCUAGAAGUUUUUAAAAUCAAGUUAUUUCCCAACCAACAAAUUUUGAAUUGUAGGCAAUUGUUUACUCUGAUUUGUAGCCAAAUUAGAUGAAAUUAGUCCUGAUUUUUUUCCAAACAACAAUAGCAAUCUGAUGUUGGAAGAUAAUGUCUCAUAGUGUGGAUUAAGUUAAAGAGCAUAUGGAACAAACUUAACCGAUGAUACCUUUAGAUAAAAAGAAUUCAGAAUGAAAAUAGCUUCAUAGGCUUCACUUUAAGAUCAACACUAGCACUAGACUGAUUAAAACUCAUUUCACUUUCUGGCCAAUCCAUUAAAGACUACCACUACAAUCCUUUUUUUAGGCAUUCUUUUUAGUUCCCUUGAUAGAAGGGAUUUUAGUAUGGAGUAUGCAGUCGCAGACUGUAAAUAUCUCUUAACAGAUCACACUUUCUCCAAUGUAUUUUGUCAAUGCACAUACAGUUAACCACACAUGUAAGUAAGCCAAUAUUUUGCCAUAGUUUUGUAACAUCCACUUAUUGUUUCUAUGUUUCUCUCAGUCAUCAAAGAAACCAUGCACUUUGCAGCUAUCAUAGUAUAGUUUUGUUAUACUUCUUUUCAAGAUCCAUGUAAGAGAACAUGCGCAAUGUCAAUAGCAGGAUUUAACUUUUUAAU